CUCCUCCGUCACCCAAUUCCCGUAUUGCGCCCCGUGAACGCGGAUUCUAUCGGCAUUGCCACCCGUACAGGCUGUGGCUGUUGGGACAGCUCUGAAGAUUCCUCGGAUUCCACACGAAGUAGGAAAGCUGUUUCUACCAGGGAGCACUAAAAGAGAUUUUUGUCCUGGUGGGGUGUCGAGUCACCAUGCUUCUGCUUCUGUUACCGCAGUGCCGUGAGUAACUAAUUCUCAAGUCCGGACAACAUGUAACAUAUGACUAGAGAGUGGAUGAUCCCUCGAAUGUCAAAUACACUCUCGCUUGACUGAAAAGACUGCAAGAAUGUCUUAUACACAGUUUGGAUACUCUUCGUACGCGGCAUCGUCACCGCUUGUGAUUGGCGGAUCGUCUGGUCAGAAUUCUUGUUAUGAGAGGACAGGCGUGAGUCCAGAAAGUCAGUACGAUACCAGACUCUACCCUCGAUUACCUUCCUACGCAUCUUCCUAUCAAACGGAUGCCAACUUGGACCCAACAACCACCUUCUAUGCUCCAGCGCUUAACUCCACAUAUGGAAUGAAAGAAUCUUCCGAUCCAUGGAGAAGCAUUUCACAGUCAGCCUCUUAUUAUUACGACCCAACGUUAGCUGCCUACGGGUACGGCGGUUUAGAUUUCAAUGGAGCUCGUCGGAAGAACGUAACGCGUGAUUCUACUAGCACCUUGAAGGCCUGGCUCAACGAGCAUCGUAAGAACCCCUAUCCCACCAAAGGAGAGAAGAUUAUGCUGGCUAUUAUAACUAAAAUGACACUCACACAGGUCUCCACAUGGUUCGCCAAUGCCCGCCGGAGACUCAAGAAGGAGAACAAGAUGACCUGGGAGCCGAGGAAUAAGGCAGAAGCGCAUGACGACGAAUCUCCCGCAAAGAGGGAGGACGCCAUCGAUAAAGAGGAGGACCCAGCGGGAUUUCGCGAAGAGGGCUGCGGAGAUAAAGCGGAUGUCCUCCGCAUACACCCCUCGGCGCUCGUCGACGCAUCAGAAAUGGACCUUGGCCAACACCAUCGAAACGACAGCGCCUACCGCUCAACGGUUGGUGACCAGCAUCUCCACCAGCAUUAUGAGGAUUCCCACCCUUCAGCCGACAUGUUGUCUGCGGCUUCUUCCUCCUUAGAAGGGGCACCUUCUUGCCCUUCUAGUGGAUACACUCCGUCCGUCUCCUCGCAGAGUUCCUCGCCGGAUCUCGGUUCCAUAGAUUCAUACAUGGGAUCCCAUCACCGUCCCGCCAAAGACCAUCCGACUACUUUAGCUACCGUGUCGGUGGGGCAGUGCUUUUCUGCUGAAUCUCAUCUGUACAAACCCAAAAUUUGGUCCCUAGCCGAUACGGCUACUAACAAAGUAGUCGAAACGGCUCUCAUGCCUUAUGCGCACCAGGACUUAUGUUCUCAGGCUGGUUGGGGAGCAGCGCCAUCAGCAGCGAAAGGCAGUGGUUCUUCGUUUCAGAGCUGCGCUGUACCUUUCCAGAGGUUCGGCAACUACAGUUGCAGUCUGCACGGUUUCAAUCCCAUCUCACUUCAGACUGAUACACCACCCCAGACACCGCCCAAUAUGAAAGUGACAGCAGCCCACCAGGCAGCCACUGUGCCUUCCUCAGCUUACAUCGAAAUUCACGGCAGCGGGUACUUGGGACAGUCUGCUCUCUGCGCACAGGAUCUCAGUGACGCUCAUAUGCAGGAAGAGAAGAUGGAAAGUUUCUCAAACGGUCACUCUUCCGGAUUACCUCAAUCUUCAACGUCCAACCCGAAUUCGGACUGUAUCUCCGAAGAUUAUGACGAUCCCUCGCAGUUUUCGACCCCCAGCGUGCGAUAAUCCGGAGUUCGACUACCUUCCCAGCCCACAGCCUCCAAAAGCACCGGUGAUUCUUUUCGUUUGGCUCACACGCGAUAGACGACCAUCAACGUACACUACGUUCACAGAACUUUGACGAACUUCGAAAAAUGUCAGCAAUAGGUCUCUCUCUAUAUACAUAUAUGCGAACACAUAUCUCUUCAUAAAUAAUAAAUAUAUAUAUAACAUUGUAAACUUGGAAACUCAGGCUGUUUUAACGUAUUCCGCUUGUGUCUGUUUGCACGCAGAAACAAAUGAAAGUACAUUUUGAAGGACAGCACUGUUUUUACUACUGCUGGAAGCACGUUCAAAUUUGCACUUCAAGCAGAUAGUUUUGUAUCUAGGCAAUAUGGAUAAACUCCAACUUUUUCACAGCAAUGCAACACGCUCUGAAGAGUGGGACCGGUUACCUUAAACCUUCGAAGCUAUAUAUGUGUUGAGCAUGAUGCAGAUAAUGGAAACAAUUCCUCGUGUUCAACAAAAUUCAACUCGAGUGACGCCCAGAAGACAAGAUACUCCGAAUGAGUGUUUUUAUCAGUUGUGUAUUUUAUUCCAUUUACUUCGUUUAUCGCUUUUCAGAGAUCUGUGUUCCAAGUGUGAUAUUCUGUAUCUAUAAAUUCCUAAAAAGAAAAACAAAUAUUCGCUGUGCGAUUGAUUAUCUAACUUUGUUGACAUCGAAGAAACACAAUUAAAAAUGCUUUGGGUACUUACAUAUUAACUGAUAUCCACCGAUAUACCACUAAUAAUCUAUUGGCGAUGAAAUAUACUUUCAAUGUCAGCAAAUACGCUAAGAAUUAUUAAUGUUUUUUAAAAAAUAAUAAUAUUUUUUUUAAAAAAAAUAAUAAUAUUUUUUAAAAAACAUUUUCUGCCUAUAUUGUAUUACAUAUAUUCCUUCAAAAUCUCAUUAAAUUGUUACUCUCAGCUGAUUGUUUCUACUACUAUAUGAGCUUUGCUAAAUAGAAAAGCAAGUAACUUCUCUCGACCCAAUUCCAAGUUCUUAAGAUAACAGUUAUUGACAUUAUAUUUCCAUCCUAUAUCUUGUGUCAUAUACGCUUUCAUUACAAAAGAAUUUGAAUGCUCAUGAAUUUUUCGUAGUAAUCAUAUGCCUGGAAAUAAUAAAUUACUUCUGCUUAAUUUCUCGGCAUAUCUAGUAAAAUGCAUGACAAAAAAUGCAGUAAAAAUUAACAUAAUAUGAACAAAUAUGGUGGCUAGAAUUUUCCAUUAAGAAAGGUAUACCAGAAAAGGGCAAGACACAUAUGCUGCUUGCUCCAAUUGAUUUGAAACUGAUGUUGAAUUUAAAAAAAAAAAUCCUCCCUUUAUCAAUAAGUAAAUAAAUAAAUAUAAAUAAAAGUAAAAAAAAGAAGAAAAAUCUUAGCUUUCUAGAAGAAUCGAGCAGAUUCUAGUAUUACCAAACAUUUGCAGGAAUCAGGGUUAAGUUGGAAAUUUUGAUGGGCAUCAGUUAAUACACAAGUACCAUGCUUUGUUUGUUAUACUUUUAUUGUCAAAGAUGUUUCUUUCUAUUUAAUAUAAAAAUUGUUUUCAAGGAAUAUAAAGAAUAUAUGUGUGUUUUAUAUGCAGGAAUUAAAGAAUCUGAUUUUUAGUGAUUUCGAUGAAAUGAUACAUUGACAAGCGUCUAAUUGUUAAGUGCUUUAAAUAUUUCUGGUUUCAGCACAGUUACUUUUUUACAAUAAAGCUUAGCAUACAGUUGUCAAAAUAUGAAGUUAUUUCUCUAUUUCAACAAAGCAAAAUCAUCUUUUCAAUGUAUUGUUCAUUCGAUAUAUGUAAUAUCGUAGAUUAUU